AUGUCUGGCAAUCCCUUCCAGCCGUUGGCGGCUCAUCUACAGACGCCGACGUCCCGGAGACAAUCCAACACUGCCGGCUCGAGCUCGGCAGCACCGCCCCCGCCAGCGACACCCUCGAACAAUGCGAACGGGAAUGAACAGAACGGCCAGCAGCCGCAGCCUCGUCGGCGAAAGAACCAUCGCGGCGGUGCAAAGAAGAAGCGCAAUCGGCGCAAGUCGUUCGCCGUCCUGGCCGAGGAGUCUCACGACGAAGCUCAGGCCACGGCACCCGAGAGAGACGACUUUUACCGCCAGCGCACGAAUUUAAGCAACACGAGCAUUGAUAGCCAGGAGCUCUUGGAUCACAGAGAUCAUCCACAGCCGCUCCGACCUCGCAGGCCUUCCAUCAUGAACAAUUCGGCCCCCUUCCCUGCGACGACGACGACACCACAGACGGGCAGCAGACUGCGCAACGCAUACGUAGGAGACAGUGGCGACGAUGACGGCUCGUGGGAUGAGGGUGCCCCUCUCUUGUCAAGGUCCAUUCAGCGCUCUUCCACAGCGCCAAUGUUCCCUGGUUACGGUUCGAGCGAUCCUCGCCAGCGAGUGAGCCGACGCGGGUCCAGUAGAUCCUCGAGGACGAAGCUUGCAACUCCGUUCCAAGACAACAACUACAAUGUCAACUACCCGCCAUCCAUGCCUGGGUCGCCCACCUUCCGGCCGUCUGACCCGUUGAAUCUGAGCUUUGGAGACGUUAUGAUCCACGAAGACGAGAUUGAUAUCCGUACCUCGCCGCGUGGAAGCCCAAGAAACAGCAUCGGGUCGCACUCCGAUGCUCAUAAUCACUCUUCGCCUGAUCUAGCGCGGAGGAAUACCAUUGCCUUGACGGCCGAGGAGGAUGUUUGCUUCCCGAGCGGGAUUUCGGAAAUUGGCGACGAGGAAGGCCACUCCCAGGACCCAGCUGCUAAGCAACGCCCGAGGCGUCGCCGCCGCCGUUGGCCCGACCUUGGUAUUCUGGAAGAAUGGAGCCGUUUCGAAAAGGAGGGACGCAGCGACGAGAGACGCGCCAAGCGGAUCACCGAACCUCAGCUUAUCAACGGCCGACUACGGCCGAUUACCCGGGAGUGGUAUCGUGCAGAGGAAGAUGCUCCCUAUCGUUUUACUUAUUUCAACGAGGAGUUCCAGAGCACCAUCCACAGUCAGACGAUUUCGGAGCUUGUGCAAACCGGUGGCAACUUCCAGGAGUUGUUCAUCCCAGACCCGCGUAUUCUCUCCGACGAUGAGAGCACGGAUAGCGAAGACGAUGGCGGUCUCCCACCGCUAUCCACACACCACUCUCAUACUGGACAAAACGGGGAGUCUAGGGCGCCCACGCGGCAGCCAUCACUUGCAAAUACUCAGUCCGAACAAGAGAGAAGAGAGGGCAUCAAGUCCCCUGACAAGACUUCGGGUGGCAGCUCUCGCGCCGGGUCCAUUCAUCGUACACCUACCGGUAUCAGAUCGCCGGUUGUUGGCAACCAGACGACCCAGACGCCAGAGCUGCUCGUCAACGCACCGAGGUAUGGUGAAAGACCUGUGUGGUGGCUCGAUGUGCUCUCUCCUACAGAAGCGGAGAUGAAGGUGUUGUCCAAGGCCUUUGGUAUCCAUCCGCUUACAGCUGAGGAUAUCAUGGUUCAAGAGGCGCGAGAAAAGGUUGAACUAUUCCGCCACUACUACUUUGUCAACUACCGAUCCUUUGACCAGGAUCAGAACAGCGAAGACUACCUGGAGCCUGUCAACAUGUAUGUCAUCGUCUUCCGCGAGGGUGUCAUCAGCUUCCAUUUCUCCAUGACGCCGCAUCCCGCCAACGUCCGCCGACGUAUUCGUCAGCUGAAGGACUACCUUAUCGUCAACUCGGAUUGGAUUUCCUACGCAAUCAUUGACGACAUUACUGAUGUGUUUGUGCCGUUGAUUCAAAACAUCGAGGACGAGGUCGACGACAUUGAUGAUGAAAUUUUGAAGCUACAUUCUUCUACUGGCAACUCCAAGAGCGAUGUUUUUGACGAAAAGGCCAGCAACGCGGGCACGACUGUGGGAUCCGAGGGCGAUAUGCUUCGCCGAGUGGGCGACUGUCGUAAACGAGUGAUGAGCUUGUACCGUCUGCUCGGCAACAAGGCAGACGUCAUCAAGGGCUUUGCGAAGCGCUGCAACGAACGCUGGGAUGUCGCUCCCAAGUCUGAUAUUGGACUGUACCUGGGCGAUAUUCAGGAUCAUAUUGUGACCAUGACGUCCAAUCUCAGUCACUAUGAAAAGAUCCUUGCGCGAUCUCACGGCAACUACUUGGCUCAAAUCAAUAUUCGCAUGAACGAAAGACAGGAACAGACAGCCGACGUACUCGGCAAGCUGACCGUGCUCGGUACGAUUGUCUUGCCCAUGAACAUUAUCACUGGUCUGUGGGGCAUGAACGUCUGGGUUCCCGGCCAGGAGUACGAAGGGGACUUGAAAUGGUUCUGGGCGAUUACUGCCGGCCUUUUGGCAUUCGGUAUGGGUUGUUACCUGAUUGCCAAGCGGGUUUAUAACAUCGUCUAA